AUGAAUUUUGCCGAUCCAUGGGUGACGCAGGACAAUAUAGCUGGUGAAUCAUUUAGCAACAGUAACAGCACCGCCAUUAGCGAACACAUUCCGCCAGCAAACGCAGCAGUACCUGCGGACACCGCCACCACCAUUGUUGCCAUCGCUUCGUUGGAGUUUGAAGAUAAUUUCAUUCCUCAGCAGCCACCACUGAAUCCGCGAGAACCGCAAGAUAAUCGUCUUCCGGACUCGGACAAUUAUUUAGCUGCAUUAGAAAAGCGUUUGCAUCGGCUGAAGAAUCAUCCGAGCGUGCUGCAGCAGUUGGCCGAACGUCGUGAAGCUUGUAUGCAAUCGUUGCUCGGAGGAACCGUAGCACUGCGUACAGACGCUGACCUGGAGUUGGAAGAACCCGUCAACAGCAACGAGUUACUUCGAUUCAUACGCCCAGAGCAAGCCCUUUCGCAAGCGGAAGUUGUGCAAUUGGUUCAGCACGAUCAGCUACAGCUAGAGGCCGAAGAGCACGAAGAAACGCGUGAAGGUGAAGAAAGCGGUACCGAAAGCUCGACGUCACGCUAA